AUUUUUUGACAAUAUAUUAUUCUUCUCUUUUUUUGUCCUUUUAAUUAGGGUUCGUCGAGGAGGCCGCGAGGAGGUUUCACCCGUCGCCGGCCGCUCCGCUCAAGUUGUUUGGAUUGUCAAUACUGUCAUCGUGGGAGUUGUGGACAAUCUUUCUUUAGGCAAAUGGCAAGAUUACUGUCAAGCAUGGUCCUAAGGGCCAUGACCAGUUCCUCUAACAGCACAAAGGUUGCAUUUGGUUCAUCCUAUCUGAAACAGAUGAAGUACUCAACCAGGGGAAGUGCUGAUUCUGGUGUAAAUGCAGAUCUUCCCACCAAUGGUUUUGCAUCUUCUGGCACAUACCCAACAAGGAUAACCAGCGAUCCUGAUACACACGAAGACUUUCAGCCAACAAACAAAAAUACUGGCAUCUCUAUACUAGAUAUUGUGCAGCAGGAUGUCAAGGAAAAUCCAGUCAUGAUUUAUAUGAAGGGUCUGCCAGAUGCCCCUCGCUGUGGAUUCAGUGCAUUGGCUGUGAAGGUCCUACAACAAUAUGGUGUCCCUAUCAGGGCGAGAGAUAUUUUGGGAGAUCUUAAGCUUAAAGAAAGUGUAAAAGCUUAUACCAAUUGGCCAACAUUUCCCCAAGUAUUUAUCAAAGGAGAGUUUGUAGGAGGAUCUGACAUUGUUCUUAAUAUGCAUCAGAAAGGCGAACUCAAGGAUUUACUGGCAGACAUCACUCAUAAUGGCAACCAAGGCAGGGAGUGAGCGUUGUUGUUGAUUCAGGUCCACUGUCUGCAAUUGAGAGGCUAAUCUAAAUGCUCCAGACUUCCUAGUUGUUGGCAUCUUUAUGCCAGAUACUGUUUUCCUAGUACGAAAUUCUCGUUUUUGCUAUGUAACGUUGGUUACGGCUCCGGCCAUCGGGAACAAGUCGGUCUAACCUAUGAGCUCGAAGCUUACUUCGUCUGCCUGUUUAAGUCAGAUGAGAACAUCAGCACGCCUUUGUUAUCAUGCUAUAAAAGCAUUUAAUUUAUGGAUACAAGUUGUUUGUGGGACUCUUUCAUCA